AUGAUUUGGACUUCUGCAGAUGUAACAGAGCCUUUCACCAGAACUUUUGUUUUUUCUAGAAUAAAACACUACAGCAUCGAUUCCUUCUGCGCGAGUACUCGUCUGCGAAUAACAGUAGAAAAGGCUAUCUCUGAAUCGCUUGGGGAUGUUCCCUCAGUACGGAAACUUCGUUCUGGUGACUUGCUUGUUCAGGUCAAUACACGAAAGCAAGCCCAGACUAUAUUGAAAAUAGAUAAUCUUGGUUCUAUUCCCGUUACCGUCAGUGCACAUAAUACACUUAACUUUUCCAGGGGAGUUAUUUCGUGUGGUGAAUUGUUUCACACACCAAUUGAGGAAAUCACACAAAAGCUUAGAAGUCAAGGAGUAACUAAUGUCCGACGUAUUACUAUACGAAAAGAUGGACAACUUCUUGACACUAAACAUCUAGUGCUCACAUUUCAUGCCACCAGAAUACCAGAUUCUAUAAAAGCGGGUUACAUGAAAUUGGCCGUCCGGCAUUAUAUUCCGAAUCCCUUACGAUGCUUUAAAUGCCAACUAUUCGGUCAUUCGAAAGCUUCCUGCCGCGGGACACUUACUUGUGCCCGUUGUGCUGAAGCAGGCCAUGAUAGUUCUGCUUGUACUGCGGUUGGAAAGUGCAAAAAUUGCAAAGGUUCUCAUGCUUCCUUUUCUCGUAUAUGCCCCACUUGGAAAUUUGAAAAGGAAGUCAUUUCAGAAAAAGUUACGAAACAAAUAACGUAUGCAGAAGCAAAGCGAAAUGUCAAGACCCGUUUACCGGCACCUGAAAUAAGUUAUGCAAGCGCGGUGCAAAAAACGGUUCAAACAAAAAGCACUGAAAUUGUCCCUGUGGUCUUGCCUUCUGUUUUUGUCGUAUUCCAAGCAUCAUAUAUACCUUCUGAAACUUGUCCUAAAUCUGCUGAAGCCUUUAUAAAUUUGCCUUCAAAUAAUACUGCUAAAGAAACAAGUUUAUCUAAAUCUGGAGUUCCAGAUUUUACUGAUGAAGAUACCUCUCAUGUUCAUAACUAUCCUGCAUCUAAGAAAGCGGAAGUUUUGGCAACGAAUGAGGAAAUGAGUACUUCGAGUGCUCCGGAGGACAUUCUGGAAUACAACAUUAGUGAGGAGCUAGAGGAGACAUCUUCAGAUGCAAAAGAUCCAGAACUUUUGCCCUGA